ACCAAACACGCCUAUGAUUACACCAGCAGAAUGGAGACGUGUUGUGACGUGAGUGGCGAAUUAGUUUUGAACACCUCGGUGAAGACGGAAAACAGUUGUGAUCGCAGAAACAGCAUUUAUAGCGGAAGGUUCAAUUUUCAUCUAUAAAUAAAAAUAAAAUGCAUGCCCGGAAUGCUGUGCUCUAAUAGAGAUCCACUACCGAUAUUAUUACUAACUAAGGAGUUGUAUUGUUUUGGAAACACAAAUUAAAGCUAGCUACCUGCAUCAUUGCACUAGAGGCCAGCCCAGCCCGACGACUAUGGCUUCCAAGCCAGGACUCCUCACUGAGUGGCCAUGGGCAAAGCUUGGCAGCUUCAAGUAUGUGGUGUUGGCUCCAUUUGUGGUUUACAGCACAUACAAUUUCAUCAAACAAAGCCCAAGCGAGAGGGAUCCAAACCAACUACUGAUUUUUCCCUUUUUACUGCUAAGGAUGGUCCAUAACCAACUAUGGAUUUCGCUGUCCCGUUACCGAACGGCCAAAGGUGAAAACAGGAUUGUUGACAAAACCAUCGAGUUUGAACAAGUUGACCGCGAAAGGAACUGGGAUGAUCAGAUCAUAUUAAAUGGAAUUUUAUUUUAUGUGGGGUACUAUGCGAUACCAUUGGCAAAACAUAUGCCAAUUUGGAGGACGGAUGGGAUCAUAAUUACGGCGUUGCUUCACAUCGGCCCCGUGGAAUUUCUCUACUAUUGGUUGCACAGGGCGUUGCACCACCACUUCCUCUACUCCCGCUACCACUCCCACCAUCACUCCUCAAUCGUCACCGAGCCCAUUACAUCGGUGAUUCAUCCAUUCGCGGAGCACAUAGCAUAUUUCGUCCUGUUUGCCAUCCCGAUGUUGUCAGCAGUAGGAAGUGGAAUAGGGUCCGUAGUGUCAUUUACUGGCUACGUUCUCUACAUUGACUUCAUGAACAACUUGGGCCAUUGCAACUUUGAGCUUGUACCCAGCUGCCUUUUUUCCAUCUUCCCCCCUCUCAAGUACUUGAUGUAUACCCCUUCGUACCACUCUCUACACCACACUCAAUUCCGAACAAACUACUCACUCUUUAUGCCAAUGUAUGACUACUUCUACAACACAAUGGACGUAUCGACAGACACAUUGUACGAGAAAUCGCUUGUAAGGCAGGGCGAUAGGCCCGACGUGGUGCACCUAACUCACCUCCUGACCCCAGAGUCCAUCUACCAUCUCCGCAUUGGAUUCGCAGCCUUGGCCUCCAACCCUCUCUCCUCCAAGUGGUACGUCUGGCUAAUGUGGCCUAUCACCGUUUGGUCAACCAUGAUCACUUGGAUAUAUGGUCGCACUUUCAUUGUUGAGAGAAAUUUAUUCAAGCAUCUCAAGUUGCAAACUUGGGCUCUCCCUAAGUAUCGUGUUCAAUAUUUCAUGCAAUGGCAAAGAGAGAGUAUCAACAAAUUGAUUGAGGAAGCCAUUUUAGAAGCCAAUGACAAGGGGAUCAAGGUCUUAACCCUUGGCCUAUUGAACCAGGAGGAGGAGUUGAAUAGAAAUGGAGAGCUCUUCAUAAGAAAGCACCCACAGUUGAAAGUUAGGGUUGUGGAUGGAAGUAGCCUAGCAGUUGCACUUGUCCUUAACUCUGUUCCUACUGGAACAACUCAAGUUGUGCUUAGAGGAAACUUGUCUAAGGUUGCCUUUUCUGUUGUCUUCGCAUUAUGCCAACGUGGAAUCCAGGUCGCUCUAUUGCGUGAGGAUGAGUAUAAGAGGCUUAAGGGCAAGCUAACUCUCGAGGCAGCUAAUAAUCUUGUCCUUACAAAAUCAUUUUCAGCAAAGACUUGGCUUGUAGGAGAUGGAGUGAGAGAAGAAGAACAAAUGAAAGCGCCAAAAGGGACAUUGUUUAUCCCCUUCUCUCAGAUCCCUCCAAAGAAAUCACGCAAAGAUUGCCUUUACCUAAGCACACCUGCAAUGGUUGCCCCUAAGCACCUCGAGAAUGUGGACUCUUGUGAGAAUUGGUUACCAAGGAGAGUGAUGAGUGCAUGGAGGGUUGCAGGAAUAGUACAUGCCUUGGAGGAAUGGAAUGUGCACGAGUGUGGGAACACUAUGUUCAACGUUGAGAAAGUGUGGAAAGCCAGUCUAGACCACGGGUUUCGCCCCUUCACCGUCUCUCCUGCACAGCUCAAGGCCUAAUCUUUACCAUUCCAUCCCAUCCUUUUUAAGCAGUUAAUAUUUAUAAAUAAUAUCUAUAUCUAUGUAUUCUGGUGUAUAAUAGCAAUUCAAAUGGUUGUUCCAUGUUUCUCCAAACCCUACGUACAGUAUGUGUUUGUUGAAAUGGUGUUAUAUAUCACGUAUGUUUCUCCGUUAUACUCCGUAUAUGUUUUGAUGAGCCCAUUAUAUAUGUUUUGAUGGCUUCCAUAUCUAUUCUCUUUUAGUUCUCACUUGUUAUGCUCUCUUUGAUUUUUUAUUAUACCAUGCAUAUAUCGUUUCACUGUUUCACACCGCCCUACCAGGAGCUGAGCUAGAAUUACAUAUUUAUUGUCAACAAAUACUCUGAAUAAUACUACCUCCGUUCUCUUUUAGUUGCAACAUUGGACUUUU